AUGGAAAGUUGUUUGCUUGAUUGGGGAGUAAAAAAUAUAUUCACUAUCACAGUUGAUAAUGCAUCAAGCAAUGAUAUUGCCAUUGGGUUCAUUAAGAAUAAAGUGGUGAAUUGGGGUGGUUCUUCUACUAGGACCGAGUGGGUGAAGGGUUCUCCAUCUAGGUUGAAGAAAUUUAGAGAGCUUGCAGAUUUGCUUGAAGUAGAAGAGAAAAGUUCUUUAUGUCUUGAUGUUCCAACUAGAUGGAACUCCACCUCUAUGAUGCUUCACACCGCAAUAGCUUACAGACAAGUUUUUGAGACGUAUGAGAGUAGUUACAUCGUGUUGACAUUGGAUUUUGGUGAUUCGGUACCUUCAUAUCUUGAUUGGCCAUCUGUUCACAGCUUGGUGAUAUUUUUGAAGACAUUUUAUGAGAUGACAAUUAGAAUUUCUGGCUCACUUUAUGUCACCUCAAAUUCUUUCUUAUAUGAGAUUUCAUAUUUGAGUUGCAUUAUUGUCGAUAUGUCACAAUCUAAGUCAAAAGCUGAAGAGUAUAUCUCAACAUAUUCUGAACCUUCUACCAUUAUGAUGCCUCCUCCACCUGCUAAGUGUGAGAAUGUUCCCGUUGGAAAGGUACAAUCUAGAUUAAAAAGUCAACUAAAGAAACAAAAGAUGGAAAGUGGGACUUCACUCAACAAAAAGAGUGAACUUAAAGUUUAUCUUAGUGACUCCACCAUAGAUAAUACAAACGAUUUUAAUAUUUUAAGAUGGUGGAAGGUUAACAGUGAAAGAUUUCCUAUCCUUUCAAAAUUGGCUAGAGAUGUACUUGUUGUUCCAAUUUCAACUGUGGCUUCUGAAUCGACUUUUAGUAUCAGUGGCAGGGUGUAA